AUGGGGUCGUGCCUCUCGGUCUCGGGGGCAUCAUCGGCGUCCACAGAUGAAUGUGAUGAACAAGAAUCGACUCGCACGGCAUUCUCGGAUUAUAGAACCGAAAUGCGGGUCCACAGAGUUCCUGGGAGAUUGUUCUUGAAUGGUUCGUCGCAGGUUGCUUCCUUGUACUGUAGGCAAGGGUGCAAAGGGAUGAACCAGGAUGCGAUGCUUCUGUGGGAGAAUUUCUGUUCAAACCCAGACAGCGUUUUGUGCGGUAUUUUUGAUGGGCACGGACCUUAUGGCCAUUUGAUUGCAAAGAAACUCAGAGAUUCGUUUCCUUUGAAGCUCAUUGAUCAAUGGAAUUCCCCAAGCCCUGACUACACCACCAACCGCUAUCGCAAUCAUUUUAGCACAUUGUCUAAUAACUUCAAACCUGAUACCACUGCCCCAACUAACAUUGCUACGCUCAGAGAAUCUUUUGUCAACGCUUCAAAGAUCAUGGACAGAGAACUCAAACUCAACGACCAAAUUGAUUGCUCCACCAGUGGCUCCACGGCUGUUACCUUGCUGAAGCAGGGCCACGACCUCGUUAUUGCUAAUGUCGGUGACUCCAGAGCUGUACUGGCUACCAGAGAUCGUAAUGGUUCCCUUCUUGCCGUUCAGAUUACCACUGACCUUAAGCCAGAUCUUCCAAGGGAAGCAGAGAGGAUAAGGCUUUGUAAGGGAAGGGUGUUUGGCCUUAAAAAUGAACCUGGGAUUGCUAGAGUGUGGCUGCCCCAUACCAAUUCCCCUGGGCUUGCCAUGUCAAGGGCCUUUGGAGAUUUUUGUCUCAAGGACUUUGGAGUCAUCUCUGUUCCUGAUUUCUCCUAUCACCGCGUCACUCACAGGGAUCAAUUUGUGGUGUUAGCCUCAGAUGGGGUAUGGGAUGUUUUAUCAAACGAAGAAGUUGUGUCCAUUGUGGCAUUUUCUCCACGCCCUACAGCGGCUCGAACACUGGUUGAUGCAGCUGUUCAGGCAUGGAAAACGAAGCUCCCCAGUUCCAAGGUUGAUGAUUGCUCUGCAGUUUGCCUCUUCCUUAAUUGGGAGUCGGACUCCGACGUAAAAUCAUCGCCAUCAUCUAUAAACACAUACCCAUCAAAUGUGGUUCAGCAGUCACCACCACUACUUCGAGUGGAAUCUGAACGACAGUGCCGAUAG